GAACAAUUUUUGGGCAAAAGUUGCUAUAGAUGCUUUAACAUUGACAAUAAUGAUGAACAUGUAGCAAGUGAGUGUAAUUACGAAGACCCAGUUGAUAUACUAAAAGAUGGAUAUAAAUUUCCAGAAUAUUUUAAUGAAAAAAACUACCUCUCUAUUCAAAGUGCCAAUGAUGAUAACACCAAAUAA